AGAUCCCAACCCGGAAUUGUUUCAAAUUCUGUUUGGGAUUUACGUUCCUUGGCGAGGGCGAGGCGUUCUCCCGGUUUUUUCAUUCCCUCUCUCAUCCGUUUCUCGCAAACACUCCGACGUCGCCGCACUCCCUCUCUCCAUCUUAUACGUAUAAUAACUUAUAGACGAGACGACAGACGCCCAUAGAUUUGUUGUUUAUCUCCCCCUCUCGCAUUCUCCGUUCCAUUUUUUCUCACUUUUUGUGUGCGACCAAAUACGGAGCAACCGUUUUUGCAGUCUAGGGUUUCUACCAUGGUGCCGCCUUUCAGAUCCUCGGCGAAACCGGAGUUCGAUACGGCGACGAAUAACCUGUGGGUUGGUAAUCUGACCCCCGAUGUCACCGAAGCCGAGCUUACUGCUCUGUUCGAGAAGUACGGGCAGGUCGACAGCAUAACCUCCUACUCCGCCCGCAGCUACGCCUUCCUCUACUUCAGAAGCCUAGAAGAUGCCAAGGCCGCCAAGGACGCGCUCCAGGGAACCGUGCUUCGCGGGAAUCCUCUUAAGAUUGAAUUCGCGAAACCGGCUAAGCCGUGCAAAAGUCUGUGGGUGGCUGGGAUAGGCCAGUCUGUUUCUAAAGAAGAAUUAGAGGAACAUUUUAAGAAAUUUGGCAAAAUCCUAGAAUUCAAAUUCAUAAAGGAUCGGAACACAGCUUAUAUUGACUAUGCUCGUUUGGAAGAUGCUACAGAAGCACUUAAAACUAUGAAUGGGAAGCAGAUCAGUGGAGAACAGAUUCGUGUGGAUUAUCUCAGGUCACAUCCUGCAAGAAGGGAGCAAGGUCCUGACUUUGCAAGGGAGGGACAAUUUCCUUAUAGGAAUACUUUGCAUACACAAGAUUAUGUGACAGCUUACUCUGAGCCUACACAUGCAGGGUCCAAAAGGCCACACCAGUUCCAGUCUCUGGGGGGUAGAAGAGAUGGUCAGCCAAGUAAAAUUUUGUGGAUAAGCUAUCCUCCUUCUGUUCAUGUUGAAGAAGACAUGCUUCACAAUGCAAUGAUUUUGUUUGGCGAGAUUGAGAGGAUAAAAACAUUUGAUGAUCGGAAUUAUGCUUUUGUUGAAUUUAGGAGUGUCGAAGAAGCAAUGCUUGCUAAGGAAGGGUUGCAGGGCAAGCUUUUCAAUGAUCCCAGAAUUUCCAUUGAGUUUUCCAGCAGUGGGUUUGCUGCUGGAAGAGAAUAUUUUCCAUAUCAACCAUCGCCUAUGGGCAUAUUGGAUCAUAAUCGCCCCCUGCUACCCAAUAAUAUUCCUGGGCAUUUGCCUCCUCACAGUAUCCAUGGACUUGAUAUGCUGAUAAGGCCUCAAAACAGGUAUGAUCCUGGUAUUCCCAGCUCUGAAUAUCCUGACGUGGCAGCAAUACAUAAAUUACAAGAAUCAAGUCCUCAUAAUCUGAUGGGAGGAUCUGAUUGGAGACGAUCAUCACCUGUAGCUGGAGCUUCUCCUUCAGGUGUGUUGAGGCCACUGAAUAGACCUGCAUCUGGUGGUUGGGAUGUGUACGAUGCUGCUUCCCAACUGCCUAGGGAAUCCAAAAGAUCAAGGGUUGAUGGUUCCUUGCCUCGUUAUGAUGGUUCUCUUCCUCCUAAUAGAUUGGAUGAAGAGCAAUACAGUAUGGGUUCGGUUGGUGCUCUUGGUACUCGAAAGCAUCGCUUAACCCCAGCAGGUGUAAGAGGUACUCCUUCUCAUGAUUAUAUAUGGCGUGGCCUUAUUGCCAAGGGUGGGACACCAGUUUGUCGUGCUCGCUGUGUUCCUAUCGGCGAAGAGAUCGUAUCUGAGAUUCCAGAUGUAGUCAAUUGCUCUGCCCGAACUGGAUUGGACUUGCUGACUAAACACUAUGCUGAUGCUGUUGGCUUCAAGAUUGUGUUCUUCUUGCCAGACAGUGAAGAGGAUUUUGCUUCAUAUACAGAGUUUCUGAGGUACCUUGGAACAAAGAACCGUGCUGGGGUUGCGAAAUUUGAUGAUGGGACCACUUUAUUCUUGGUACCUCCAUCUGAUUUCCUCACAAAUGUUCUGAAUAUUGCUGGUCCUGAGCGUCUGUAUGGAGUAGUUUUGGAAUUUCAACAAACGCCUAAUGCCACAUCUGUUCAGCCACCACCAAUGGACUCCCUUCAGCCUCCAUAUGCAGAUGUGCCAAAAAUGACUUCCUAUCAGACUGCUUACAAUUUGCCUCCUGAUGAUAGAACCUUGCAAAUGGACUAUAAUAAGGUUUUACGAGAUGACAUUAAACUUCCUCCAAAAGCAGUUGGUCCUCCAACUAGUGAGGCUAUUCCCUUGCAUUCAGUUCCCCCAAGUAACACACUAGCACCUUCUCAAGGGGGGGUUACUUUAACUCCUGAACUUAUUGCAACUCUUAGUUCUUUAUUACCGGCUAAGUCAUCUAAUUCUGAGAACACAACAGUAGCUUCUACACCUGCGCCUGUGUUAAAUACAACUGUUGCACCAGAUAAAGGACAUCCACAGGGUUGGAGAUAUGAACAACAAACUCCUGAGCAAGCUGGUCAUUUAGCAUCCCAGUUGGGUAGCCACUUCAACACUCAAUCACAACCUAUACCCCCAGCCCAGACUCAUGCUCCAGUCUUCAAUGUGCCCAACCAUUCUGCUCAUGGGGUUGUUGGGUUCAAUCAAAUUCAUGAGCAGCAUCCUUUUGACCUGCAAACACAGGCUGCUGCAUCAUCUAAAGUACUUACCUCGACCACCAUCCCUCCACAAAGUGGACAGAUUGGGGUUCCACCACAUGUUGAGCAGCACAAUCCAGUUGGAAUGUCUCAGGGUUUGCUUAGAGGCCCUGGGCUUCUUGCAUCAGAUGCCUCUGCAAUGUAUGGUUCUGCAGUACUUCAGCAACCUACAAGUCAUUCUGUACUUCCCAAUCAGGUGAAUUCUCAGCCUCAUGCUAGCACACCACAGGCUUCUGGAUCAGGGAUUACAGGUCACCCUCAACAGCUUCAGUCUACAUUUUAUGGGGUAGGACAAGAGGGUUUUGAAUCUGAGGAAAAUAAGAAUGAGCGGUAUCAAGCAACACUAAGGUUUGCUGCCAAUCUACUCUCCCAAAUACAGCAACAACAGCCAAGUGGCCAAAGUGGCCAAGGGUCAGGGAGUCAUUGAGAUGUUGCCUUCCAUCCAGGUGUGGGUUGAAUUUUUUUGUUUGGAUGGAGUGAGGUGGGCGCAAGCAAUAUGGCAAAGUUUCCGAACCGCGAGUAGUGUGUUGGUUUUGGUGGAUCGCAGCAGCGCAGCGGGCCGAGAAAAGUAUUAUAAGUGGCUUUUGUGUUUUUUGACUUUUUGGUUUGCAUUGGACAGAUUGUUUUGUUGUUCGUACCUUUGGUUGGACAGUUUUCAGUCUCAUAAUUUUACUUUAUUUUUUUUAAUCUAAUGUUCAUUGGUAGCAUAGCCGCAACCGCAAAUCAAAGACGUUUUCGUUUGGAAAUGAGUAAUGGAGUAACACCUUUUUUUUUUUUA